AUGUGUGGCCUCACUGAGUUUAUGCCAGUUGCACCUUUUGUUACUAUGGUUUUGUCAUCUUCAUCAAAGCCAUUUCCUUUUGUCACAGCAACAAUAUCGGCAAUGUCAUUUCAGAAUUCGGCUUUACAAGUUGCUGCAGCUAGAGCAUUAUCAAUAUUGUGCUUCACUGCUUACAGAGUCCAACCUCAACUCAUGGAAAAUUGUACCUUUAUUAUUGAUGGUUCAGAGAUUUGGAGAUUGCAAGCUAGUAUUUCCCACAUUCUUGACAAGGAAGAGAACAUUAAUAAUUGUUUGAUCGUGGCUAUAUUCAACCUUCUGACUUCUUUUGUUCGUUAUCAGCCUGCUCUUUUUGUUUCACUGACAGAGGAGCAUGCAAGGAUAAAAGCUGAUCGUAAUAAUUCUGUAAAUUCUCAGAUCAGUGGUUCCUCUGUUCUCAGCAGUUCAAGAAGCAAAUCUAGACUUAUUGAGCAAAUUUUAGGAUAUGUUGUGAAUUCCACUGAGUUCAUGAAUAGAUCUCCUUCUUUAUUACUUAGUAUUCUUGACCUACUUGAGGCAUUAUGGGAAAAUGGUAUCCAGUUCAUAUGCAUAUUAGAUAAGCUCAGAAGUUCUCGAACGUUCUGGGAGAGCUUAUCGCAGUGUAUUUGUGCUACCUUUGAUCGUUGUCUUGUUGGCAGUGUUGUUACUGCUGAUGAGAAAUUUUCUUCAAGGUAUAAUUGCCGGGCUAAAUUUUUUGAGAUCAUGUCACAUGAGUUGUUCUUGAAAGGAAGAUUACUUGUGGAAGCAAAAACUUCUAAUCCUGUUCCAGAACAUACGAAGGAGCAGAAAGAACCUUUUGCAUCUUGUCCAAGCAAUGUUGUGCUCAAAUGGUUUGAUAGUGUUCUUCUGGAAGAUUUUGUCAAACAUUUGUCAAGCAACGGAUACGCGAAGGAGCUUUUUCAUCGUGCCAAGGUAGCUUCAUGCGUUUGCAUCAUCCGUCUAAUAAUGAAGUUGUCCACUGGUGAUACUGCCAGUUUGUCUUUCUCGGCAGUGAAGAAGGUCCAGCUAUUCUCUAGCAAAUUGUUACAACACCAAGCAUUCGUAGCUCUGCUCUCACAAUAUGCCCUUCAUGGCUACAGUGGUGAACAAGAACUUACCAGUUUGGUAAUCAAUGAUCUUUACUAUCAUAUACAUGGAGAACUCGAAGGUCGUCAGAUUACUUCUGGUCCCUUUCAGGAGCUCUUGUGUUUUCUUCUUGAGUUUAAGUGUUUUGAGCGCAAUGCUCUGGACCAACCAUAUAGGGCCUUCCCAGGAGCUACUGACAAUAUUUUGUUUGAUGUUGCACACACUCGGGAUGAUCUUGGAGUUGAACUUUGGACUCAUUCAGAUUGGAAACCUGAAAAGGAAGUAGCUGAAAGAAUGCUGGAUAUUAUGCAUAAAGCAAAUAAGAUGAAGUGCGAUGCUGAUGCAAAGCUUUCCACAUUGAGGUCCUUUACAACAUUUUUAUCUGUCUACAUUGGAACAAGUUCCAGUAAUAAAGUCACCUUAUCGGAUGGAGGGAUUUCCACAACAGCUCUGGAAGCAGCAAUUAGAUGUGCAUGCACAUAUUUUCAGUCAACUGUUGCUUCGCUAUUUCCCGAAGUUGACACCAAUGAGGUUUUGUAUCCCCUAUUGUCUGGGCAAGUGGACUUACUGCUUACUCUUGCCAGGUUCUUUUUUAACCAAGUUAAGCAAACCAAGAACUCUGCUCGUCUCCAUCCAGUUAUUGUACUUCUUAUGAAGACCUCAGGUGCCAGCACAUCAUUUUUGGUUGAUCUCAUGCCAUCUAGUCCUGCUCUUAAAAAACCAGUGAAGUCCCUCCUUGUUCUGAUUUUGUCUCUAUUUGGAUUCAUAUACAACAAGGAUGACAUACAAGAUGUAUCAGGUGAUGUUAAUCUGUUUGGUGAAUCAUCUGUUAUAAGUAUGAGUUUGUUACCUGUGCUCUGCAAAUUGGCUGAGAAUAGGGAUUAUACUGAUCUUGCUGUUGGAUCAAUGGACCUACUAUUGAAGGGCUUUAUACCUCCUAAUGUAUGGUUGCCUAUUCUACAAAAGCAUUUCCGUCUUCAGGCUAUACUGCAUAAAUGUCAGAAUGGUGCAAUAGUGUCUAUUCAAGUAAUUUUGAAUUUCCUCUUGACCUUGGGGCGGACAAAGGAUGGCGCUAAAAUGCUUCAGUCUGCAAAUAUUUUUGCUUUCUUGAAGGUACUUCUGAGUCAGCUGUCUCUCGAUGACUCCUGUUUCAGAAAUUCUUUGAGCAGCCAAGCGAAGGAUGUGAAUAUCUGGGGUAUGGCUCUUGCAAUAGUCGCCUCUCUCAACCAUUCUAUGGAUGAUGAUAUUUCUCGCAACUGUGUUGCAAACAGUACUAUCAGCUUCCUUUCAGGACAAGUUCCGCUGAUGUCGUCUUAUCUAUCUGCACAAAAUGUGGGUACACAUCAUAGCAAGAAAAGGGCAGUGUUGCAACAGUCACAGACAUCACUUUCAGCUCUGGGUUUAACUGAGAAUAUCCUCUCACUCCUGUGUAUCUUAGCAAAAUAUCAUUUUCCACACGACACUAGUAUGAAGGAAGUGGAUUCAGAAUUAAGAGAGAUUAUUAUCCACCUGCUUGCAUUUAUUAGCAGAGGAAAUGCAUGGACUGGUGAUUCCCCAAACUGGAACCCAUCUUUCUGUUGCCCUCCUAUUGUUAAAGAAGAAGUGACACUUCAUGAAGAUCCACCACUCAUCAGGAGCAAUCAUGGAUGGUUCAGAUUUGCUGCAAGCAGUACUCUGUCAACUGCAGCCGUUUCUGCUCCUUCCAAUGCAGCAUUAUCUAUAGUGGUCAGAGACAAGAGUAGUGGAGAUUCUGGUUCUGCGAAACAAACUCGCUUUACUGAGAUGAUAGCUGUGCAGAUUUACAGAAUAGCUUUUCUUAUUAUGAAAUUCCUGUGCAGUCAAGCCAAGGAGGCAGUAAAAAGGGCAGAAGAACUAGAAUUUGUUGAUCUUGCACAUUUUCCUGAACUUCCCAUGCCAGAUAUUCUUCAUGGUCUGCAGGAUCAAGUGGUUUCUAUUGUUACUGAAGUACUGGAAGCAAAUGUAUCGAGCACUCUCGUCAGUGAGACAGAUAGGGUAUGCCAUCUUCUGUUGGUGAUCCUUGAAACAUCACUUUAUAUGGAACUGUGCGUGUCCCAGUCAUGUGGCAUCAGACCCGUACUUGGUCGGUUUGAAGAUUUCUCCAAGGGAAUUAAGGCUAUGCUUCAUGCUUUGGAGAAACAUUCUGGUUUUAAACCAUUGGUUAGGUCACUUACUCAAAUUACGACACUUCUGUAUCCUGGGCUUGCUCAAAGCAACUUCCUCAUCUAAUCCUUGUAAAUUGUAAUUUCGGUGGCUAGUAAAAUCUUCUUGCUAAGGUUUAUAGAUGGAAUUGCUUACUUGUAAUGUACAUUUAUGUAUGUAUCCACCAAGCACAAGCAUCUAACGUGAUGGCAGUAAGACAUCGGCAGCAGGUCGGAUUGUGGAAGUCUCAUUGACCUGAUUUCCAUUGAUACUGGGUGUAGAGCUAGACACGUGUAGGAGGAAAAAUGCUAUACUGAAGUUGCUUUAUUGUCGAUUAAUGUUGCCAUAUAUUUCCCUACAACAGUUUUAUUGUCCGUCAUUGUGGCCCUGGCUGAUUCAAUGUUGAACAUUGUGAG